AUGCCCCACGCUAGGCUCUGCAGUUUCCUGGGUGGCGGGCUCCUGCCCCUGCUGCUGGCCUAUGUCUGCUACCUGCUGCUCGGCGCCACCAUCUUCCAGGCGCUGGAGAAGCAGGCCGAGGCUCAGUCCAGGGGCCAGUUUCAGUUCGAGAAGCUGCGCUUCCUGGAGAACUACACCUGCCUGGACCAGCGGGCCCUGGAGGAGUUUGUGCAGGUCAUCAUGGAAGCCUGGGUGAAGGGCGUGAACCCCAAAGGCAACUCCACCAACCCCAGCAACUGGGACUUCGGCAGCAGUUUCUUCUUUGCCGGCACGGUCGUCACCACCAUAGGAUAUGGGAACCUGGCGCCCAGCACGGAGGAAGGCCAGACCUUCUGUGUCUUCUACGCCCUGGUGGGCAUCCCACUCAACGCGGUCUUCCUCAACCACCUGGGCAAAGGACUGCGUGCCCGCCUGUCUGCCCUUGAGGGGUGGGAGGACCAGUCCAGGCGCUCCCAGAUUCUGCAGAUCCUGGGCCUGGCUCUGUUCGUGAUCCUGGGGACGGUGCUCAUCCUCAUCUUCCCACCCAUAGUCUUCAGCCACGUGGAGGGCUGGAGCAUCAGUGAGGGCUUCUACUUUGCCUUCAUCACUCUCAGCACCAUCGGCUUUGGGGACUACGUCGUCGGCACAGACCCCAGCAAGCAUUACAUUUCAGUGUACCGGAGCCUGGCGGCCAUCUGGAUCCUCCUGGGCCUGGCAUGGCUGGCAGUGGUCCUCCCACUGGGGCCCCUGCUUCUGCACCGGUGCUUCCAGCUCUGGCUGCCCAGCAGGAGCCUCAGCCUCAAGGAAAGGGGAGCCCCUGAGGCCGAGGGGCUCCCCAGACUUCAGAAGCUCCCCGUCUCUGCAUGA